ACAACGACGCAUCAGAUAUUGCUGCCAAGCUGGAAACACAGAAUUGUUCUGCCUGUCUGUGAGCCAGUUGCCUGAGACACACACAGAGAACUAGCUAUGUAUCCUGGGAACUUGCAAGCAAUCCCUGGAAAGAAAUACUGUUCUAUCUUGGUUUGUGUUUUAAUCCUGUUUUCAUUCUCAUUCACCUGGUAUUAUUGGAGAGAUAGCGACUGGCAUCCGGUUAUGCUGCUGUCAUGUAAAGAUGACAGCUUCAAAAAUAAUCUAACUUCACUUACGGGUCAACUGAAAAAUGACGACAUUGGAAGCCUCAAAAAUAAUCUAACUCCACGUUUGGAUCAACUGACAAACUAUGCAAUUGGAAGAAUGGUGUAUGAGAAACCGCAGACCCUGAAACCACAGAGAACUGAUGUCUUGCUGGUGACUCCGUGGCUGGCCCCAAUUAUCUGGAAUGGCUCCUAUAACAGUGACAUACUGAAUGCACAGUUCCAUCAGCGAGAUGUCCGUGUCGGCCUUACCGUGUUUGCUAUUAAAAAAUACGUAAUCUUUGUCAAAACAUUUAUCGAAACCGCUGAGAAGUACUUUAUGCUGGGGCACAAGGUCAAUUAUUACGUCUUUACUGAUCUACCCAAUGACAUUACCAAUAUCACCCUCGGUGAAGGCAGAAACCUAAUUAUUCUUGAAGUUCAAGCCUACAAAAAGUGGCAAGAGGUGUCGAUGAGGCGCAUGGAGAUGAUCCGCGACUUCUCUGCUAAAAAGUUCAUAUACGAAGUGGAUUAUUUGGUGUGUCUGGAUGUAGACAUGAGGUUCAGCGAUGAUGUUGGAGUGGAAAUCUUAAGUGAUGUUUUUGGCACUUUGCAUCCUAGCUUCUAUGGGAAAACCCGUGGUGAUUUUACUUAUGAACGUAAUCCAAAGUCAGAAGCUUACAUUCCGGCUGAUGAAGGGGAUUUUUAUUAUGCAGGGGGCUACUUUGGAGGUACGGUAGAAGAGGUCUACAAAUUGACCAAUUUCUGCCAUAAUGCCAUGAUGACAGACAAAGAAAAAAAUCUUGAGGCCAUUUGGCACGAUGAAAGCUAUUUGAACAAAUACUUCCUCUACCACAAACCAACUAAGAUCCUUUCUUGUGAAUAUUUGUGGGACAACAGCUUUGGUGUUCCAGGUUUCCUUAAAAGAAGGAGAUUUGUAGCAGUCCCUAAAAAUCACCAUCAAAUUAGAAACAAACGGGAACACCCAUUCCAGUCUUAUACUUAAAACAUUUUCUAUAAGUUUAUUUUAUUUAUUACAACCCACAGUUAACAUCCGAAAGAAACAAAACUCUUGAGUGAAUGAAGUUUAUGAUGUACAAUGAUGCACGUAAUGUGAUUCUUUAAGCGAUUAGCAAUCUACUUCCCAUCAAGCUUUGGCUUUCUAUAAGAAUGCUGGAUAAACACGUUGCCCAAUGUUUUGAUUGCCGAAAGAUCCCGGUGGCUUUGAAAGAGAGAAGACUUAGCUUGCUGAUUGUCCAUGGGAAACAAUUGCUAUGGGGGUGAUAUAACGGAAUUCUAAGGGAAGGACAAGACCAUCUUUGGCAACUUUGACUGACGGAGACUCUGAAGCUUGAAACAAUGGCUUCCGCCACCAGUAGUUAAAUAUCAGCCAAUAGAAUUUUACAAAGAAACGUUUCUCCAGUGAAAACAGCACUGAAGCUGUUUUGGUGGAUUGUCACGGCCCAUCACCAUAUGAAUACCCUUUUCAGACAUGUGACCCUUGUCCAUUAGCCGGAAAAUUCCCGGGUCUCCGCUCCGUGACCCUGGUAGGGAGCAGGGUCGGGAAUCCGGAACUUUUCACACAUGCAGUAAUCCUGGGUUGAUGCGCAUUCACAUGCAUAAACCCGUGAUUUAGCCGCAUGUCUGAAAGGGGUAUAAGUUCUAUCAACAUACAUACAUGAAAAUGUGGGUAGUGGGUUAAUUUAAAGGGAAAUAUCCACUCUCUUUUAUCGUUUUCCUGGAAUAUUUAUCAUCUGGAGGUAGUAUUAA